ACUGCACACAUCAGAAUGUUUAUAUAUUACAAGAAACAUUUUUAAAUUACGUCCCAAUUUUUUUUUUUAUUAGUAUUAUUAUUUUGCGCAAACACGAAGCUACCCAUAUAAUCCAUGUAUCUUUGUUGUCAAUCUGUGGCCAUCGCCGUGAAAUUUGUUUGAUUUUCGAACAAAAAAUGAAUCUCUCUAAAAUAUUCUUCAUUUCCGAACUUUUUUCGUCAAAUUAGAUUACAUAAAAGCUUUUAACAGUUAACGCUUUUAUGGCAUAUUAUUUUAUCUUUAAUACAGCCAGAAGUUCAUACUAAUGUUCAAAUAUGCAAUCUUGCUUCAUUGAUUUCAAGUAUUUUUAUUAUAUGAUCUCAAUAAUUUUAAGUGUCAUGUUAACCAUAAAAUUUAUCGGUAGCUGUGAAAAUGAUAAAAAUUUACCUGUCAUUAUAUGGUGGACGAAUUUAUUGUACCCUCAUCAAGGUAGUAAAUCCGUAAUUAAAUGUAAUUCAGGCAAAUGUAUUUCAAGUAUGAAAAAGUAUAAUUUGAAUGACAGCAAUGUCUAUGCAUAUAUGUUUUACGGAACAGAUUUCGACAGUUCGGAUUUGCCCUUUCCCAGGAAACAGAAUCAUUUAUGGACUUUACUACAUGAAGAAUCUCCAAUGAAUAAUUAUAUUUUUUCUCAUAUAACAGGUAUAACGUUAUUUAAUUAUACCAGUACAUUUUCACGUUACUCAGACUACCCUCUAACAACCCAGUUCAUACCGUCAUUAGAGUAUUUUACAGAAAGAAAAGGCAUCCCUAUAGAUGAGAAAAACAAAUUUAGGUAUCAAGGUAUUGCUCCUGUUAUGUACUUACAAUCUCAUUGUAAUGUAGCUUCAGAUCGUGAUAGGUAUGUGAAAAACCUUAUGAAUUUUAUUAAAAUAGAUUCGUAUGGAGCCUGUUUACACAAUAAAAAUUUACCAUCUCAUCUUCUGUCAACUGAAACUUAUAAUGAUGAAGAACUCUUUUCUUUCAUAUCGAAGUAUAAGUUCCAUAUAGCUUAUGAAAAUGCUCUGUGUGAUGAUUAUAUCACUGAAAAAAUAUUUCGAGCUCUGUAUGUUGGAUCAGUGCCUAUAUACAAAGGUGCAUCUACAGUCAAAGAUUGGAUGCCUUCAAAUAAAUCUGUGAUAAUUAUCGAUAAUUUUGAUAAUCCAAAGGAACUAGCAGAUUUUAUAUCUAAUUUAGAUAAAAAUGAUGAUUUAUAUAAUGAAUAUUUGCAAUUUAAAGAAACGGGAAUUACGAAUGAGUUCUUGAAACAGACUUUGCUUAAAAGAAAUUGGGGUGUGAAUGAUGUAUAUAAAAUUGAUUUCAUUCGAGGUUUCGAAUGUUAUGUAUGUGAUAAAUUACAUGCACUAAACAAAUCAACAUCUUUAAAUAUUGCCAAUAGGAAACAUAUGAACUGUCCUCAGCCUCAUAUGUCGAUUAUUUCUGAUAAUGAAAUUAUAACAUAUGAUGAUGAAUGGCUUAGAAGAAGACUGGAUCGAAAACUAGUGGUUUGCUUUUGACCAAGCACGAGCAAUUGAACUCAUGAUUAAAAAUGAAGAGAAUAAUUCAUCAAAUUUUAUGCAAUAUGUCCUAAA